AAUGAAUUAUGUUACACACUGGCAACGCACAAUGCUGACAUCAACGGGCUGGCAACGCUGACAGUUGUAUAACCUAUUGGCAGAAACUUUUUAUUGUCAUUUUGCGAGCAGUUGUUUGAACUCAACACAAAACAACAUUAAACAAUGGCUGGUGAAGGAGAAAAACUGACUGGUCUGGCCAAGCACUUCAAUGGCACAACGAUGGCCGGCCGUGCAAAUGUGGCAAAGGCAACCUAUGCUGUUGUCGGUCUGCUGAUCGCCUACAAUGUGAUGAAGCCCAAGAAGAAGUAAAGCAUGUGCCACACUUGUCAUUUUGUGGCUGCCACAAAUUUCUGAUGCGCGCAUGUUAAAUAAUUUCCUUUAAGGAGGAUUAUUUGGCCGCCACUUAUAAUUUAUGUGUUAGUGCAAAGAAUAAGAAAGGAAUAAACCACUUGAAAAUAUAUAAUUCUAAUCACAUCCUGAAA